AUGGAUCGAUUCAUGUGGGUAACCACCAUCUCCUUGAUAAAGGGGGAAUUUGAGGUUAUACAGAAACAUAACGUUCGAAUCUAUGAUGGCGAUAAUCGUACAAAUUUCGACUGCGGGACAUUAAGACUUACCAGUCAUCAACUUAUAUGGGAUGAUCAGUUGCAAGAUCGUACAAUCUCCUUGGGCUUAAAUCUCGUGCAAAAAACGGAGGAAGUCAUAGCAGGUUUUAACAGAAGUGCGAAAAUUAUAUUGUAUCUUCAAUCAAAACCUACAAGCCAAGAGCCUGGGCCAAAGAUUAGUAGUCAAUUCAAUUAUAUACGUUUAUCUUUUCGCGCUGGUGGCCAAAGCGAGUAUUAUGCUGCCUUAUGUAAUCAAUUGUCUCGAAAACGUUGGAUUACUCAAGUAACUAACCAGCGCCAAGCUACUCGUCCAAGCGGAAGACAUAUGGGCAUUGUUGGAAUUGAACGUAAAAUCGAACAGAAGCAAAAAGAAACUCAAAGCACAAUUUCUCAGGCAUUUUCUGAUUUAAAUGCUCUAAUGGACAAGGCUAAAGAAAUGGUAGCCAUCGCUGAUCGUGUUGCAAAGAAAAUUGAAGAAAAGAAAGGGCAACUAUCCGAUGACGAGACGGUCCAAUUCAAGUCUUAUUUGCUCAGUAUGGGUAUUAACGAUCCCGUUACCAGAGAGGAGCAUGGAUACGGCAACAAAUAUCAUGAAGAGCUAGCAAAACAACUUGCGACAUUUCUAAAAAGUUUGAUCGAGAAAUCAGAUGGAUUGAUGACUUUGACCGAUGUUUACUGUAUGUAUAAUCGCGCAAGGGGUAUUGAGCUGGUUUCUCCUGAAGACGUAUUUAUUGCUUGCAAAUUGUUUGAAUCACUUAAGCUGCCUCUCAGACUACGAGAAUUUGAUAGUGGAGUGCUGGCAGUACAAUCGGAAAGUCAUAGUGUAGAAGUGAUUGUGGAAAAGAUAACUAAAAUUAUUAAGAGUAAAGGUUGCAUAACUGCGGAAGAACUGUCACCGUUAGUAAAAACCUCCAUUACUGUCGCCAAAGAAGGAUUAUCAGCUGCGGAAAAUUUAGGGAUGGUAUGUAGAGAUGAUUCGGUGGAAGGAUUGAGAUUCUAUCUGAAUAGAUUUAUGAAAGAUCCUUGA